AUGGUCCAAAGUCAUCAUCGGCCCAGGGCCCGAGCUAAAAAGCAUCAUCAUCUUUCCGAAGAACCACUUUUAGUGGAUACUAUCCAGUCCCUUAAGUCAAAAUUGCCGAACGCAUUGACCGAAGGACCAGUCCAAUAUAUCAGGGACCUCAUUCAAUCUCAUGCUGCCCUCUCUCUCAGAAUCGAUUACGAUUGUCCUGCCUAUGAUGAUUACUCCAGGACCGAUAUUCCACUUUUGCACAUUGCCUCAGCAUUCGGCCCACCCGAGAUAGUACGACUGCUAUUGGAGUUGGGCGCGAACAUCAAAGAGACCACAGAAGCAGGCUCUACCGUCCUUCACCUUGCGGCCCGAAAUGGCAAAAAUGAGAAUUUGAAGAUACUGUUCGAACAUGGCGCCAAGGCUCUUGUUAAUGUAAAGAUGCGAGGUCAACGAUUCCCACUGAAUCAAGCGGCCUGGACUGGACAGACCGAAACUUGCAAGACGCUCAUCGCACAAGGUGCCGAUACAGGAUUGAAGGAUGUUGAUGGACGAACUGCACUGAUCUUUGCGGCGGAUCUGGACCAUCUGGGGGUGAUAAAGACAUUACUAGAUGCAGGGGCUAAUGUUAACGAUGUUUGCAACGCACAUUGGACAGCUCUGCAUUUUGCCGCGAAGAAGAACCGACCCGAAGCGAUCAAAUUGCUUUUGACUCGAGGUGCAGACAGCACACUGCAAGAAGGUGACAUAGGAAAUCCUCUACACCUUGCGGCGAUGGAAGGUUGUAAAGAUGCCACUGUGGAACUUCUAUCACAAGCUCCGAAUCAUGACAUCAAUGCCAAAAAUGUCUGGGGAAGCACCGCCCUUCAUUUGGCAGCCCGAUAUGGACAGCCCCAUAUUGUCCAGAAACUUAUCGAACAUGGCGCUGACAAAGAUUUCCUCAACAAUGAUCUAUCGACGCCACUCCAUAUCGCCUGUUCUGAAAGGAAGUUGGAUGUGGCUAAAGUCUUAGUUCAAAAUCAUUCACUCAUCGAUGAGUACAACAGGCAAGGAAAUACACCACUUCAACUAGUUGCCAGCAAUGGAGAGGCUGAGAUAGUUUUACUCCUGUUGAACUCCAAAGCUGAUGUGGAUACGAACAACAAGAUUGGAAAUACCUCAAUCCAGCUGGCUUCUGCCAAUGGUCACCACAAGGUUGUUCAAAUUCUCCUAGACCACAAUGCAGCAGUUGGAACAAGAAACAAUCAGCAAAGUACGCCCUUACAUCUAGCAUCCGCCAAUGGGCACAUAGAAGUCAUGCUGGUACUUCUUGCGCAUAAAGCCAGUUUAACCAAAGUGGAUGAGGAUGGAAGUACCCCUCUUCAUCUUGCAAGUGCUCAUGGCCAGGCAGACGCUGUAGAUCUCCUCAUUGACAGGAAUGCGGGCAUCAAUGCAAAAACCUACAAGGAAACAACAGCUUUGCAUAUGGCUGCACAUAACGGACAUCUUAAGGUGGUAGAGCUUCUCUUGAGACGGGGCGCUGAGGUCGACCCUGUCGACUGUAACGGCGACACCCCUCUUCACCAAGCUUGCGUUCAGAAGAAAACUGCAGUGAUGGAUUAUCUUAUCGCGCAGGGGGCAAAUAUACACCAACCCAACACUGGGACUUCAAAGCGGACCCCUUUCGCUAUUGCAUGCUCUGAGUCGUCCCUGCGACCAUUUAUGCCCCUUCUCAAAGUGCGAGAUGGUCUCCUGCAAACUGACCCAGAUGGGUGGUCAGCAUUACAUUAUGCCUCCUGGGAUGGUGCGAGUUUGUCCGUGAAGGAACUUCUCGAGGAUACUGACAUCGAUCCUUCAAUAUGCACUCAUAAUGGCCAAAGUGCCUUGCGGUUGGCUAUUGACAAGGGGCACGUUGAAAUUGUGUUGGAGCUGUUGAAUUCCCAACCAUACUACCCAGAGACAUCCGUUGAUUCCUGUCCCUGCCCGACAGCUGAAAGUGAAAUUCAAAUAAUAGCGGAAGGCCUGGCAAAGCUUCUUGUUCCUACAGACUUUGAAUUAGGCGAUCGACUGACCGCUAUAAUGUACUGGGCAAUUGUGAAUGGUCAGUCCUGCUUGAUAGAUCGAUUCCUUACAAUGCGUCAAGGUGAGCAUCCGCAACUAAAAAGGGGCAUGACCUGCCUUCAUGUCGCUGCUCAGCAUGGCCAAGAAGAGCUUACCAAGAGCCGCUUUUGUCAUCUGGACCCUUUUACCAAGACGGAUGACGGAUUUACAUCGUUCCAAGUUGCAGCCGCAUCAGGCCAUCGUGGAAUAUUAGAAAGCCUUUUGGGUCGGUUUUCUCAAUCACCGAAAUCACAGAUCGAGGCCAUAAUCAUGAAAUCCAAUGAGCGGGAAUCAUGUGUCUCGCUGGCGGUGAAGAAACGCAACACCGAGAUCAAAGGGCUUCUUUGGUCUAAACUUGAUAGCUUGGCCAUCAAAAAAUCUGAAUUCUAUUCAGAGAAUCAAAACCAAGCAAGCCAAAUACUCGAGCUUGCUGCUCAAUUUGAGAAACCGGGAAAAGAGGACUAUCUGCAAAGGAUGUUUGAAACUUGGUUUGAGGGGCCCAGCCUUAACCUGAAUGGACAUACAGUUCUUCAUCUCGCUAUAUACCAUCGCCAGGUAGUAGUUUUAUGGUGGCUUCUGUCCAAUGGAGCACAUUUCAAAACCGAGGAGAUCCAACUUGCUCAUGAUAUGCUUCACAGGAACACUGGUUCCUUGAACACGCUGAUGACGGAGCUAAUUCACAACCCCCCUCCAAUCGUUGAAUACACUACUAUCACAGAGAGUGACCAGCCACCAGCACGUCCCACAAAGUCUGACAGUUUGACUGUCUUGCAAGAACUCCCUGUGACCAUAAUUGAUUUCUACGGCAACAAGACAAUUGCCGAUCUUCACCACACAACGAGAAGUGUCAAGGAACUCAUAUAUCAGACCAGUGGUCCAAAUGAGAUAAUGAAAUCGUCCAUGAGGAAGGGUCAUCGCCAAUUGGACUUUUUGAAGCAAGAUCUGGCUAACAUGAUUUCCGGGCAAUCCGGCGACGGAUUCACAGUUCUUGCGCCACAUAAGAUGGAUUUAAACAGCGAUCACCAUGCACAGUCAGACCCUCCAACUGUCUUAGGCGAACUCAAAUUUCGAUGGCUUCACGUGCCAGCCAAUCAAAUCCCCUUCUUGAGUAUAGGCAAGUUCAUACCCCAGUUUGAAAACGACGAAAAACAUGGCGUGCAACAGGUCAAUUCACAGAAAGGUAACCAGGCAAUAUACCAAUUCCCAUCGCCUCAAGAAGCGCUUCACGAGGCCAUGACUCUUGACCAGUAUUUUUACCCAACUGAGGACACAUACAAACGAGACAGUGACCAGGUUGUCUCAAAAUACCUCGACAGAGUAAAAGGCGAACCAAACAAAUCGAGUAAGGGCAAUCAGAAUACAAAGCCCCCUGACGCCCCAUCUGGUGAAUCGAGUGAGAGAACGAUCCUGAUGGUAGACCAGCUGUGGAUGUGGAUUAUCGACGGCCGUACAAUUAUAACGACUUCCACAAAAUCAUCAGAUCAACACGAUGACAUUCUAUCUGCCGGAAUACGUGAAUUCGUCAUGUCAAAUCAGAGCAAAAGCACCCUUGAACGUGUCUCAAGUGUCGAAUCGAUGAUUGAAGUCAUUUUAGGAGUAGCGACUGGCUUGUUUUUGGACAGGAAUAUUCCGACUGGAAGGAUGUCUACUGUGAAGAAACGAGAAAAGAAAAGCACUUUGGAGAUUUUUCGGGAGUCGAUCAGGACCAUCGCGGAUGCUGAAACUAAACUAUUCAAUGAAUUUCUCACAGAGUUGAACAAGGAAAAGGGAAAGCCUAAAGAGAACAACCGCAGGCUGUUAGCUCUUGACAUGGCUGAGAAUCCUUAUCACAUUGUUUCCAAAGAAGCUGAACUCCUGAAUGAGAUCAAGGACAUUCAUGACGAGCUCAACAUGCUUCGUACACUGGCUGAAUCCCAACAAAAUGUCUGGGAACAAUUCUUUCAGACAAAGGAGCUGGAAUCAUUUCCUGACUUCCAGUUUAGCGAGACCUGUACGCCGAACAUGGUUCUACGAGAUAUCCAGAAUAUGAUGACCGAGACGGAGAUGGUGCAGAACUCUAUCAAUACUCUUUUGGACCUCCGAACGAACCAGGCCGGCCUCAAGGAAGCCGAGUUUGGACGACAACAGGCUUAUGAUACUGCGAGACAAGCAAAUGUCAUCUUCGUAUUUACCAUAGUCACGAUCAUCUUCCUCCCUCUUUCCUUCCUAUGCUCUUUAUUUGCUUUGAAUGUGGCCGAGUUUCCACGUGUUUCUGGAGCUGUCGAGUACCAUGCAUGGUGGAUAUUUCCAAUUCUGUUCGGGGUCUCGGGCGCUGUUUCUCUCCCAUUGAUACUUCUUGCGUUCAAUUUCGACAAUCUCGUCAAGCAGUGGAAUCGGAUGAAGCACGAAACUAAAAAGAAGAAUGGGAAUAGCAACGGCUCGGAAACAGCAAGUGUGUCUCAAUCGAAUAGCACGGAUGAGCGAGGGGCAAGUAUACAAGGCUCUUCAUCCCAGGAGGAGAUUUCAGGUCUCCCAAAAUCCGUUUUAAGCCUCAUAAAUCAUGGCUUCCGGCAGCGUCGAAGCCCCCAAAACAUUUGCUAA